UGCAUCCGUCAGUCCACCGGUCACCCGCUCGUCAGAGGUAGGUCGCCGUCGCCGCGUCCCCCUCCGCCGCCGGCUCCCGUCGCUCUCCGGUCUCACGCGCCGCGCGGCCGCAGCAGCAACAACAACAACAACCCGUUUUGACCGCGCCUUCCUCCUCCGCCGGCCCGCGCGCUCGCCGCGCGCGGCCGCCACGGGUUUCUCUCUAGAAGCCCCGCACGAAUUUUAUCCGUUUUUUCGCAUUCUCCCCGCCUCAUCUCCUCCUUGACACCGACCUCUCCUCCUCGGCUCGGGGAAUUCAAACGCGCGGCCUCGCCGGGUGGCCUCGCCUCGCCUCGCCGCGUUCCGACAGCGAGUGCCCCGCUGGUGCCACUAUUUCUUGCCGCCCCAACCCCUCGCAUCGAUCCCCCACACCCACAUCUCGCCUCCUCUUCCUCGAUCCUUUGUCUUCUUGCUUAGCUAGCUCUGCCAUGGUGGGGAGCUACGCGGCGGGAGGGGGACGGGGAGCGGCAGUGGCGGCGGUGGCGGAGGGGAAGCUGGACGAGCUGCGGCGGAGGAUGGGGAAGGCGGACGGCGACCUGCUGAGGAUCGUCGGGGUGGGGGGCGGGGCGUGGGGGAGCGCCUUCUGCGCGCUGCUGCAGGACGCGUACGGGCGGCACCGCGACAAGGCGCAGGUGCGGGUGUGGCGGAGGCCCGGGCGCGCCGUCGACCGCGCCACCGCCGAGCACCUCUUCGAGGUCAUCAACUCCCGGGAGGACGUCCUCCGCAGGCUCAUCCGCCGCUGCGCCUACCUCAAGUACGUCGAGGCCCGCCUCGGCGACCGCACGCUCUACGCCGACGAGAUCCUCCGCGACGGCUUCUGCCUCAACAUGGUCGACACGCCGCUCUGCCCGCUCAAGGUCGUCACCAACCUGCAGGAGGCGGUCUGGGACGCCGACAUAGUCAUCAACGGCUUGCCCUCCACCGAGACCAGGGAGGUGUUCGGGGAGAUCGGGAGGUAUUGGAAGGAGAGGAUCAGACCCCCCGUGAUCAUCUCGCUGGCCAAGGGGAUCGAGGCGUCGAUUGACCCCGUGCCCCGGAUCAUUACCCCGACACAGAUGAUCAGCAAUGCAACUGGAGUUCCAUUGGAGAAUAUUCUAUAUCUUGGAGGUCCUAACAUUGCAUCUGAGAUAUAUAACAAAGAAUAUGCAAAUGCUCGCAUAUGUGGAGCUGACAAGUGGAGAAAACCUCUAGCUAAAUUUCUGAGGCAGCCUCAUUUUAUUGUGUGGGAUAAUAGUGAUCUCAUCACUCAUGAAGUAAUGGGCGGCUUAAAGAACAUAUAUGCCAUUGGUGCUGGUAUGGUGGCUGCACUAACCAAUGAGAGUGCAACCAGCAAAUCGGUUUACUUUUCACUUUGCACGUCUGAAAUGAUAUACAUCACCCAUCUCCUAGCCGAAGACCCUGAGAAACUUGCCGGGCCUUUAUUAGCCGAUACCUAUGUAACACUGCUGAAAGGUCGUAAUGCAUGGUAUGGGCAGAAAUUAGCUAAGGGUGAACUGACUCUUGAAAUGGGGGACAGUAUCAAGGGCAAAGGGACUAUCCAGGGUGUCUCUGCAGUCCAUGCAUUUUAUGAGCUCUUGAGCCAGAGUAGCUUAAGCGUGACACAUCCAGAAGUGAAGAAGCUUGUUGCUCCGGUCGAGCUGUGCCCAAUACUAAAAACACUUUAUAAAAUCCUAAUCAAGAGGGAGCUUGCCACUGACUCCAUUCUCCAGGCAAUACGAGAUGAAUCAAUGUAUGAUCCACGGGAGAGGAUUGAGAUGUCUCAGCGCCAGUGUCUUUACCGACCAUCUCUUCUUGGCCUACCUAAAGUAGAUAUUACCCAGGCUUAGAUCUAUUCUUUUUUUUUUCUGCAGAUUUGUUUUGAGAUUUGCAGGAUUCUUUGAUGUAUUCUUUGCAUAGUGGUCCUCAAGAUCCUUCCUUGUGUGCCAAGUGCAUCUCGUGUUCGAACACUGAUUCCAUUCUCUACUAGAGAAUUUGAUAAUGAGGUGUUUUGGUUUUUUAUUGUCAGAGUUCCAAAUAGUUUCACGGGCUGAUGCCCCCCACAUGUGUAUAUAAAGUACAACCACUGUUGAUUCAAUUGUAUUUGUUGCUCCUUUAGAGCCUGUUCA